GAAGGGGGUUGGACCGUGCCUGGCUGAGCUGCGCUCACUGCGGGGUUGCGAAGCGGGGUCGGGUGACUCCGUGACCGGCUCGGUUGGGCUCGGCUCGGUUCGGCCAGGCUCGGCACCAUUCGGCUGAGCUCGGCUCGGCUCGGCUCGGCUGAGCUCGGCCCGGGGCCAUGGCGAGGCGGGCGGCGGGCGGCCUCGGUCCCCAUGGGGAUGAUUUCUCCUUCGUCAGCCCGGUGGUGAAGUACGUGCUCUUCUUCUUCAACAUGCUCUUCUGGAUGAUCUCGAUGGUGAUGGUGGCAGUUGGGGUCUACGCGCGGCUGCUGAAGCAUGCAGAGGCGGCGAUGGCCUGCCUGGCGGUGGACCCUGCCAUCUUGCUGGUCGUGGUGGGCGUCCUCACCUUCCUCAUCACCUUCUGCGGCUGCGUUGGCUCCUUGCGGGAGAACAUCUGUCUGCUGCAGACGUUCUCCAUCUGCCUGACCAUCAUCUUCCUCCUGCAGCUGGCAGCUGGCGUGCUGGGCUUCGUUUUCUCCGAUAAGGCUCGUGGGAAGGUCAGCGAGAUCAUCAAUGGUGCCAUCGUGCAUUACCGGGAUGACCUUGACCUGCAGAACCUCAUCGACUUUGGGCAGAAGGAGUUCAGCUGCUGCGGGGGUGUCUCCUACAAGGACUGGUCGCAGAACAUGUACUUCAACUGCACCACCACCAACCCCAGCCGCGAGCGCUGCUCUGUGCCCUUCUCCUGCUGCCUGCGGGAUGACGGCGAGGCUGUCAUCAACACCAUGUGCGGGCAGGGCAUGCAGGCCAUGAGCUACCUGGAGGCCAGUGCCUUCAUCUACACCAACGGCUGCAUCGACAAGCUGGUCAACUGGAUCCACAGCAACCUCUUCCUGCUGGGGGGCAUCGCUCUGGGGCUGGCUGUCCCCCAGCUGGUGGGCAUCCUGCUGGCUCAGAUCCUCAUCAACCAGAUCAGAGACCAAAUCAAGCUGCAGCUCUACAACCAGCAACACCGGGCAGACCCUUGGUACUGAGCCCCGGCACAUCGCGGCAUCGCCGGUGUCCAUCCCUGUGGCACAGGAGGAGCCGGGACUUCAGUGAUGGUUUUGCCAAACCCCAGAUCUGUGGGAAGGGCUGGAGGGGAUUUGCUGGAGAAGAGGGAGGUUGGUGCAGGACUAUGGCUGCCUGAAUCCACGUGUGGUGGCUGCCCUCCCGUGGAGAGGGACAGACGGGGACUUUGUGGCUUUGGCAGCCGGUGCGAGAGCCGGGCUGUGCUGUGCUGCCUGGUGGACUGAGCCACCCCGUGAACUGCUGUCUGUCCGUCUGUCCUGGAGGACUGAGAGCUGGUGCGCAGGUUGUGCACGAAGCAGGUUUGCACUUGGACACGCUUCCCAUCUCUUGUGCUGUAGGUGGGUGUCCGUCCAUCUGUCCGUCCUCUCCUCAUCCAUGCACUGAGCUGCCUUCACCCGAGGCUGGGCUGGCUCCAAAUUGGGGACCUGCCCCCUGUCCAUGGGCACUGCAGCCCCUGCCUGGUGGGGACAGACACUUCUGGAGCCAUUGCUGGCACGUCCACCCUGGAAGAAGGAACAGGAAGGUGAGGACCCCACAUUAUCCGAGGGUGGGGGUCCCAUCUCUGCCUUGUGGGGCUUGAACCCCUCCACAGGGUGCUGAGCCCCGUGUGGAGGGAGGGACAGAUGCUGUCCCCUCUCAUGUGGGGACAGUGUCAUGAGAUUUCCCUUUGCUUUCAUGGAGAAUAAAGAGAGAUAAGGCUGGA